AUGAGAGUAUUCGCCUUUGGAUCCAACGGAUCAGGCCAAUUAGCCAUCGGCCACACCGAAGACGUCUCCGCACCAACAGAAUGUCUCUUCACCUCCCCCGCACCAACCGACAAAAUCACAAAGAUCGCCGCGGGGGGAAAUCAUACUCUCCUCCUCACGGACUCAGGACAUGUCCAUGCUACAGGAUGCAACACGGACAAAAGAUGCGGACCAUCCCAGAUCCAAAACCCACAGGAUAAGGAUAAAGAUCAAGAUCAAGACGCGCGCGAAUCGCAAAUCGAAGAAAACAUCCUCCGUUUUCGCCGGCUGAUUCUCACGGACCCUGUUACUACCGAGAAUGUCGAUACAUUCAAAUGUAUCUCCACAACGUGGGAGGGAAGUAUCCUCGUUUCAUCCGCGGGAGAUAAAGUUUUUGUCCUGGGCUCGACGCCAAAGGGUGAAUUGGGAUUAGGCAACGAUCUUGUCGCAACGAAUCCGAGCCCGACCCAGAUCUUUGUUGAACCGGGGCUCUCGAUUCCGGAUUUCCCCCCUUCCCGUACGACGGUUGUCUCGGUAGCGAGUGGGAUGGGUCAUACUGUGGCUAUCCUUUCGAGUGGCGAGGUUUAUGGCUGGGGCGGAUCAAGGAAGGGGCAAUUGGGCGAGUCGCUGAAGAAGGAGAAGAUUGUUUGGAGGCCUGCUAAGGUCGAGGGCAUUCCGUUCCUCGCUACGGGUGCUGUUUGUGGGCGCGAAUUUACUGUUAUUCUUGGGCGGAGAAGUGCGGGUGAGUUUGUUAUUCUUGGUGAUGAGGGGAAUCGGUGGGGGAUUAUGCGGAUUCCUGAGUCUUUACGCUUUGCUGCUGAGGGGAGUGGAGGUGGCUGGAGUGAGUAUAUUGAUAUCGGGGCUAGCUGGCAUGAUAUUUAUGUACAUGCUUCCUCCAGCCAUUCUGAUUCUGAUAUUGGGUUCGAUUCGCUGAAUGCCCGCGCUGCGGGUUCCCUUAUUGCUUGGGGCCGCAAUGAUCGUGGCCAACUUCCUCCGCCAGAUUUGCCGCCUCUGAGUGAGAUUGGCGUUGGUAGUGAGCAUGUUCUUGCGCUCUUGGAGAAUGGUGAUGUGGCUACGUUUGGCUGGGGCGAGCAUGGGAAUUGUGGACCAGACACAGAUGCCCGAGGGAAUGUCGCGGGGAAGUAUAACUUGAUCCCUCUUCCUGGUGAUGUGUCAGGUGCGAGAGUUGUUGGGGUUGGUGCUGGAUGUGCGACAAGUUGGGUGAUCGUGGAGUGA